AUGGCAUUUAUUGAUGAUGGAAGUAUUAGUUCUUAUAAGAAAAUGAAAUUGGCUGAAGUUGGAAUUGGAAUUGAACACGGAUCGAUUUUGCAAAAUUUGACAACUGGUUAUGAAACGGGCGCCGAAUCAACGCUUCGUGUUCUCGAAUUUUAUGGUUCCGAUCGGUUUAUCGUUAUCAAUUUCUGGACUCGUACUUAUUAUUUCAUGAAAAGAAACGACAAAUAUAUGAUGAGAUCGAAUAAACCAACAAUCAAACCAAGUUUUGAUCACUUUGUUCGAAUCUAUUUCAUUUGUGCUCCUGGAAACGCUCGAAGUGCUUUGAUUCUAUUUGGAGAGCAGGCGACACUUCGAAAACUGAAAGGAAGCGACGGCGAUUCGGAUGUCACAAAGUCAGCAAAAUCAAAGAAAAAAACGAAGAGAAGAGCGCCAAUUGAGAUGGAAAUUGGGAAUAAAACAAUGAAAAGAUGUAGAAAAAAUAAGAAAAACAGAGAGAAGAGAUCGAAUAAAUCAAAUGAAAAACAAGUUAAUCGAGAUAUUUCGAAAGCAGUUCCGAAUAAAAAGGACACGAGAAGAAUGGAAAGAAGAGCUCUAAUCUUCCUGAAAGUCUCACUGGUUUUCGCUCAUUUUGGUUUCGGAGUGGCCAUUUUCAUCAAUCUUUUGGCUUUGCUCGGAUUCUUCUUGUAUUUCAAAAGAGUCAAACCAAUUCCAGUUGUUGUGAAAGAGAAAGGGGAAAAGGAACCUGGGAAAGUGGCUGCAACUACGACUGAUACAAAAACGAAAUCGGAUAAGAAAGACAAGUGA